AUGUCGCGGCUUGCGGGCAGGAUGCCCAAAGGCCUGGGGCAGCGUUUGACAGCUCCGGUUGGAACUGGAGCUGGUGCUGCUGCUCGCCGGUCGACAUGUCUCUCCCUCCGUACAGCACCCGCGCGCUUCGCAUCGGCAGAGAACAACAGCAACAAGCCUAGGCCAAGCGGGCAUUCGUUCCAGGGCCAGCUGACCCACAGUAUCAUGAAACGUCUCCAGCGCGAGAGGGCCGACCUUGAACGUAUGGCCAGGACGAGGCCCGAUCCUCUUCUUCGUCGGCUCCGUUUCAUGGCUGCUGGGCUACCAGUACCCGCGCGACGUCGACCCCAACUCGACGCUACCCCUGAACGCAACACAACCGCCGAGCUACAAUCUCAAACCCAGCCCACCUGGAGGCUGCCUGGGCCGACUUCGUCGAGAUCGUCGGCCAGGAGAACGUCAGCACGAUCGAGGACGACAUCCAGCAGCACGCCACCUCGGACUGGGUCCUCCCACCAGUCCGACCCCGCCCACAAGCCCUUCUGCGUCGUCUACCCCUCCACCACCGAACAAGUGGCCCGCCUCAUGAAGAUCUGCCACGUCCGCCGCAUCCCCGUCGUCGGCUACAGCGGCGGCACCAGCCUCGAGGGCCACUACACGCCGACCCGCGGCGGCAUCUGCGUCGACUUCAGCCGCAUGGACAAGGUGCUCGCCCUGCACAAGGAGGACCUGGACGUCGUGGUGCAGCCGGGCGUCGGGUGGGAGGCCCUCAACGAGCAGCUGGCCGAGCACAACCUCUUCUUCCCGCCGGACCCGGGGCCGGGCGCCCAGAUUGGCGGCAUGAUCGGGACCGGGUGCAGCGGCACCAACGCCUACCGCUACGGCACCAUGCGCGAGUGGGUCCUCUCCCUCACCGUCGUCCUCGCCGACGGCACCGUCAUCAAGACCCGCCAGCGCCCGCGCAAGAGCAGCGCCGGCUACGACCUGACCCGCCUCUUCAUCGGCUCCGAAGGCACCCUGGGGCUCGUCACGGAAGCCACGCUCAAGCUCUGCGUCACCCCCGCCGCGGCGUCCGUUGCGGUCGCCAGCUUCCCGUCGAUCCGCAACGCGGCCGACUGCGUGGCGCGCGUGGUGGGCGACGGGGUGACGGUGGCGGCCGUCGAGAUCCUCGACGACGACCAGAUGCGCUUCAUCAACGCGCUGGGCAACACGACGCGCAAGUGGCGCGAGGCCCCCACGCUGUUCUUCAAGUUCUCGGGCUCGCCCGCCGCCGUCAAGGAGCAGGUCGACCUCGUGCGCGCCAUGGCCAAGCGCGCGGGCGGCCAGUCGUUUGACUUUGCGCGCGAUGAGAACGAGCAGGCCGAGCUGUGGUCGGCGCGGAAGGAUGCGCUGUGGGCGACGAUGGGCCAGAGGAGGCCCGGCGAUCAUGUCUGGACGGGGGAUGUGGCUGUGCCCAUGAGCAGGCUGCCGGAUAUUAUUGAGGAGACGAAAAAGGAUUUGAAGACGACCGGGUUGACGAGCUCGAUUGUGGGGCAUGUGGGUGAUGGGAACUUCCAUAUUAUUCUCUUGUACAACGAGGUCGAGCGGAAGUUAGCGGAGGAUUGUGUCCACCGCAUGGUGAAGCGGGCGGUCGAGAUGGAGGGCACCGUUACGGGCGAGCACGGCGUCGGGCUUGUCAAGCGUGAUUACCUACCCCACGAGUUGGGUGAGACGACGGUGGAUGCUAUGAGGAAGAUCAAAGCUGCUUUCGACCCGCUCUGCCUCCUCAAUUGCGACAAGGUCGUCCGUGUGCAGAAGCCUGCCCGCGGGGAGGUGGCGAAAUGGUAG